CUGACCUGAUUCAGUUGGUUCGUUUGAUCAGUGGCGGCGACGGGCAGCACACUGAGAAGGGGGCGUUAAAAUACUACAACAAAAUAGAGAUAGCGAGUUCACGUUGUUCAUUUGCACACGUGAAUAUUAUUGGUUAGGACUAACGUAGUAAUAUAAACUCAUAAGAAUGGUAAUCAAGGCUGUUUGUAUUCUUGUUGGUGAGAAGGUAAAAGGAGUCAUUAAUUUCGAACAAGCGGAUGCUGAUAGUGCCGUAAAGGUCAGCGGUGAGGUCACCGGGUUGAUUCCUGGUCAACAUGGCUUUCACAUCCACGAGUUUGGUGAUUAUACAAGCGGUUGUUCUAGUGCUGGAUCUCACUUCAAUCCAUUUGGAAAAACCCAUGGUGGUCCAGAGGAUGAAAUAAGACAUGUUGGCGAUCUUGGAAACUGUGUGGCUGAUGAAAGUGGUAUUGCCAAGGUUGAUUUGACUGAUAAUCUGCUUAAACUCACUGGCAUUCACUCGAUCAUCGGGCGUUCCGUUGUGGUUCAUGCAGAUGUUGAUGACCUGGGCAAGGGUGGUCAUGAGCAGAGCUUGACGACUGGCAACGCUGGUGGCCGUCUUGCAUGUGGCGUGAUUGGCAUCACCAAAGCUUAGAUUCAUUUGUAGUAAAAUGUGUUCAAGUUGUUAAUAUGAUGAUCCUUGUUGUUGAUUUUUACCACAUCCUAAAAGAUCUGUUAAUCUGUGAAAUGCCUUAUUGGAUUGGUAAUUAAAAAUUAUAAAUUAUGUAAACAACCUAGUAAUAAAGUGUGUGGUGCUUAAGUAGUAGCUCUUUCAUUUUGGGAAGAUGAGAACUACGACAUGUCUAAUAAAAAAAACCAAAAUUCGCCAGAAUUGGAAUAACAAAUAGCAAGACAAAUAAAUUUUGGAAAAUAAAUA